CUUCCCUAUCCAAUCCGAUCUGUUCAGGAUAUUAUUAGAGCAAGCGCAACUUGUUGCAUCUCGCCUGAUGCUAGCAACACCGCAUUUCUACCCCCGAUACUUGCCAAUUAGCGAAUUCGUAUCUGAUGCGAUGAUGAUGAUGAUAUCGAAGACCUACUUUUUUUUAUGACACACAGACUCUCCAUCUAAGUCCUGCAUCCGCUUCCCAACUACCUAGGUAUCAUCAUCAACAAAUUAUGCGGAGUCAAGACGACAUUGUGCUCCCAACACUUUCAUGGCACUGCUCGCAUGCCUCGACAUUCAAUUCUCAAGACUUCAAAUGAAAGCUGAGCAAAUCACGUGCACGAGCGAGUUCGCACUUUGCACUACGCUGCGCCCAUAUUUUGGAUCGCUGUCUGAGGUCGCUGCAUUGCUUCAAGAUGACGGAUGAUUUUGACAUCGAUUCGUGGGCAUCUACUAGUCUGUCUAGUCGAUCUCAUCACCGCAGUGGUCCCCACCUGGCGCUGUGUCACAUAUGCCGUGUGUGUCAGCGUCCUCGGAGCAGAAGAUACCAUUAUGAGCAUCCGAUUCCCUAUGACGGAGUUCCACCUCCCCCAGGAAUAUGCAGAAGAUGUCGAGUUGUCCCAGCUGAGGACAUCGCGAGCGUUGGGACCAUGUCUGACGCGAAAGCAAGCGAUGAGGAAAAGAAUCAUUCGGGACAAUCAUCAUCGAAAGGAGAGGUUAUGAGGAGCCAUGGGCCACAAAUACUGCAAAAUUCACAGGCCGUGCGAGAAAAGAGUGCGGCAAGGCCGAACGACCUCCUUAAUCUAUCGUAUCGUCACAUCAACAUGCGCGAGACUUUCGCAAAGUCUACGCGCCGAGAGCACACACAGCCAGACACAGAUCUCGAAACCGAUGACCCUGAGAAUACUGACGACUCAGCUGUCUUGAUAAGUCCUACGCGUAAAGGGAUCGCGGUCUCGUCUUUAAGAAGCACUGCCAAGUCUGGGCCGCCUAAAACGACACCGGAACCGAUGAAGGUGACAUCCAUAAGAGGAGGAGCAGAGUUGGCAUCUCUUCAGAGAGAGCGCGGAGUGUCGUAUCGGUCCGAUGUCAACGAUUCGCUUCUGACCAAGCGCAUUGACGCGGCUGUCCAGACGGAGGUCAGGCAACAGAUCACUCGCGAGGUCCAGCGAAUAGCUCGCGAGGAAACUGCACGGUAUAACCGAGAAAGUAUCAAGGAAUUUGAGUCUCCAAAACAUGACGAAAGAAUGCGUAGAAUAGCAAGAGACGAAGUUGAGAAGUAUCGUCGAGUCGAGCGCAAGAUGGAUGCGCAUGGGCAUGUAUAUGCACAUGGCAAAAUGGUACCGAUCGAGCGAUCGAGUAUUGUAAGUCGGAAAUCGGCACGGGAUGGGCAGGACGAGCGGUCACGCUCCACUGUAGACUACUCUUCGUCCCGUCAACCUUUUUGCGAAGCCGUGGAGGACAUUGACGAUCGCGACCCACCUUCUGUAUGGCAAUCAGGAAAAAGAUCGGGCACCCACGAAACUCCAAUGAGUCGGAUUUUGCGUCACGAGGCCUCGACCAAUCCAAUGAGGAGCGACACCAUUCGAAACAACGGUAACAGUGAUCGUCAGCGUGGCGUCGUCUUGAUCGAUGAGAGAAUACAGCUCGGAAGUGCCAGUGCGCCAACCGCGGCACCCUCGUGGAUGACGAAUGACCAAUUUGGUCCAGCGAAUGACGCCCAGCGCCAAACUCCACAAACAGAAGCCCGGGACCGGGACGAUCACGACUCGGUUAGAGAUCCAGUCAAAAGGGUGCAGUCGCCGUUACAGAAAGCCAGAGAGAGGUCGUCUCUGGACAUUGAUGCAGAGAAUUCCCGAUUCGCAAAAGCUUCCCUUGACCGGACUUCCCUUGACCGGAUCGAUGGUCUGGCCCGCCCAGUACAAAGGCUAUCGCCUUCCGAUGGUCCCGAUGCGCUUACGAGAACACUAUGGAGCGCUUCUGUCCAAGCAGUCGUGUCUCCGUCAUCGAGCGAAACGUCGGCACUCGCCGUUGGGAGGAGAAAGUCUACUACGAGACCGAUGGCCAGACUGUACUAUCGUCCGGAUGAUCCCCAAAGGCAGACGUCGUAUCGUCGUGGUGCACAGAAUUCGCACGGGGAUGAUUCGGGUAAAGAAAGGAGUCAGGUAAAUGGGUCGAUAAGAUACCACUCUGAGUACAAUCAAAUGUCAGCGCGUCGCAACUCUAGCGAUCAUUAUCUCCAGAGCGAGACAGACAUUUCUCGACGGCAGCCGUCGCAGACCAGAUUCUCUGACGAUCACGAAUCAAGUGUUUAUAAGCGCAAAUCGAGGCUCUUGGCAUCGAGACCAGAUUGUGACACACGAUCGCAAAGCCGAGAUUCCGUCCCCGAUGACGCAAAUAAGAUGGUAGAGAAAGGUGACGAUCAAGCCAGGCCUUCAAAGACGCGCCCACACAAUAUUCUACCUAGGAAGCCAUCACACGUGGAUCAAGGCACGAUGAGGGCUGCGAAUGAAGCAGCCCCCUCCGAGCAAGACAGAAACAGACUUCGUCCCGGCAUGCUGGGGCCAUACACGAGACUCGCAGGCAAGCCAAGUGAAAGUGUGAAGGUGCACGAUGGUAGUGUGAUCAGCGAGGACAGUAGCAAUACCAGCCGUCAUCAUCGUCGUAGAAGGGAGCGAAAUUGAAGCGCUCGUCGUCGCAGCGCGGUUUAAGGGGUGCUUUGCCAGGGAACCACUGCAUCCCUUUCAAGGAGUGAUUCUAAACGAGAUAUCAAGGAGUUGUUGCGAGUUGUAUGGUUCGUAUUGAU